AUGCCCAACCUCCUCAAGGACCUCGUCGCCAUGGUGUCGCCCCAGGCCAAGCGCCCGCUGCAGUCGCCCUCGACCUCCAACCGCCUCUCGCCCGCCAAGCAGAACGUCGCCUUCGCCGACUUCGCCACGCGGAGAGAAGACGCGGCCGCGCCCGUGAGCGCGGCGCAGCAGCAAGAGCAAGCCAAGAUGGACGCCUUCGUCUUCUUGAACAUGAUGCGGUAG